AUGUCUCAGGCUGACUUUGACAAAGCUGGUGAGGAUGCUAAACACCCCAAGACCAAGUCAGCAGAUAAUGCGAUGACGUUCCCCUACAGCCGCUACAAACAACUGCAGAUGACACAAACAGCGUGGCCUGGGCUGUCGGAUCUCAAAGGCAAGGCCAGGUGGGAUGCCUGGAAUCAGCUAAAAGGGACUUCCAAGGAAGAUGCCAUUAAAGCAUCAACAAAGUAG